CGGACUGGAAUUUCCAGGCAAAAGUGAAAGCAGUUUGUUGAGGAAGUUACAUCCAAGCAGUGCGAGGGGCAGGCAGGGCUGCUAGAGACUCAGUCCCAGGCAGAUAGAGGGGCUCAGACUCACACAGGGGGGCUCAGACUCACACAGGGGGGCUCAGACUCACACAGGGGGGCUCAGACUCACACAGGGGGGCAGUAAGUGGUGGGUAAGGGGUAGAGAAGAAGCCUCGUCUGAUCUGAGAGAGGAGAGAAAGGGAACAGUGGACAGAGAGAAAGAGACAGAGGGGAGACAGACGGAGAGAGCGCACAGGUUUUUAAUAGGAGAGCACUGAUGAAAUUCCCUGCCAGGAUGUGGAUCCGACUGCUCCUUGUCUGCCUGCUGUCUGUUCACUCAGUGGCGCAGUUUGGCGCAAACGCUGGAGCUUGCUGUUUCGAUAUGAAACCCAGGGACCCGCCGACAGACGCCUUGUUCAGGCUGUACAAGGAGAAAGUGAAGGGUUUUGAGGAAUGCCCACAUUAUCGAGUUCAAUUCAAGUUCGACAAGGGAAAGAUAUGCGCUUCAAAACAUGACGCCUGGGUCGAGAAACUGAUAUGCCAUCUCAAAAAGGAUAGCUAUUUCUGUGCCAAGCACGGGGAUUCUGGAUCUCGUCCGGAUUUUUCCAAGGAUUCGAAGAAAGUUCCAACCACAAUCCCUCCAGCCCCCGACGUAGCCGGCGAUAGCAAGAAGCCCCCGGGGCCCGCUGUCACCCAACGUGCCCCUAAUGCCAACACCCAGAAGGCCACAACUGCCCCAAGCGGCACGGAAGCUGCCCCAACAGAACAGGCAGCUGUGCCCGGUGACUACCCGGUUACGCCGACUCAAUACUCAGCCGUGGCAAAGGAACAGGACAAAGAGAGGCUUGAGAAUCCCGAAACGAUAGACAAGGAAACCGGAGUCUCGUCAUCCAUGAAAACGGCGAUAAUAUCCUUAGUGUUCAUCAGCCUUUUCCUUGUGGCCCUCGUCGCUUUCCUCAUCUGCAGGAGGAGGAGGAAACCAGAAUCCGGUACAGGAGAGGAGAUAAAGGAUCUGACCCCUAAGGGGCAACAAGAGACAGUACAGACUAACAGCCAAAAAUCCUUUGCCUAAUGUUCCGCAUUGGUUUUAAGUUGGGAAACAGGAAGUGGGAGGAGGAGGAAGUGACGAGGACAGGAAGUGAGAGAUGGCAGCGGCCUGGGGCUGGCACAUAAGGAGACUGAACACUGGCCUACGGGGAAGCCGCAUUCCUGCCCUCUGGAUAUUUGGCAGAUCAGUCGCCCAACUUCUUACCUGUACCCCCCGCAUCCCAUUCAUCAUGCUGCUCCCAAGCAUCCUCCGCCAUCUUUACCCACAAUGCAACACAAGUGGCCUCUUUAAAAUACUAAGGAGUCCGGACUGAGGCCUAACUGGCGGUGACCUACACACUUCAUGCUCCUCCCCUUGGGUUCAUCUCCAGUCCCUCCUCCAAUCUCAGGAGACACCCCAUGGGCUCAACUUCAACCCCUUAUUCCUUCUCAGGGGACACCCCAUGGGCUCAACUUCAACCCCUCCUCCCAUCUCAGGGGACACCUCAUGGGCUCAACUUCAACCCCUUAUUCCAUCUCAGGGGCACCCCAUGGGCUCAACUUCAACCCCUUAUUCCAUCUCAGGGGACACCCCAUGGGCUCAACUUCAACCCCCUCCUCCCAUCUCAAGGGACACCCCAUGGGCUCAACUUCAACCCCCUCCUCCCAUCUCAAGGGACACCCCAUGGGCUCAACUUCAACCCCUUAUUCCAUCUCAGGGGACACCCCAUGGGCUCAACUUCAACCCCCUCCUCCCAUCUCAAGGGACACCCCAUGGGCUCAACUUCAACCCCUUAUUCCAUCUCAGGGGACACCCCAUGGGCUCAACUUCAACCCCUUAUUCCAUCUAAGGGACACCCUAUGGGCUCAACUUCAACCCCUUAUUCCAUCUAAGGGACACCCCAUGGGCUCAACUUCAACCCCUUAUUCCAUCUCAGGGGACAUCCCAUGGGCUCAACUUCAACCCCUUAUUCCAUCUCAGGGGACAACCCAUGGGCUCAACCCCAACCCCUUAUUCCAUCUCAGGGGACAACCCAUGGGCUCAACCUCAACCCCCUCCUCCCAUCUCAAGGGACACCCCAUGGGCUCAACUUCAACCCCUCCUUCCAUCUAAGGGACACCCCAUGGGCUCAACUUCAACCCCUCCUUCCAUCUAAGGGACACCCCAUGGGCUCAACUUCAACCCCUCCUUCCAUCUAAGGGACACCCCAUGGGCUCAACCCCAGCCCCACUGCUGGCUCCAUGGCUCCAUAUAGGAAAUGUACUGUUUUGUUUUAUUUGAUCAUAUAAUCAGAGGUUGGCAGCUACUCCGGUGCCACUAAACGAGGAUUAAUUUAUUUAUUAUUUUUUUACACCUGCCUUCAUGCUUUCUUUUUUGUUUUGUUUUUAAAUAGCGAAUAAAGCUUGCACUUUGAUGGAUA